GCACUUCCGCCUCUGUUGCCGAUUUCGCCGGAUCGCUUCUCUGGAGGUGUGGGCCGCUUUGUGUGUGUUUUUUUUGUGUUUUCUGACACAGGUCGGUAGUUUUUUUUCUGUGGAAAGGCUCGUUGUGCGAGACGCAGAUAUUGUGCCGGAGCUGCGGAGUCUCCGCGGGCCGCUGGUUAUGGUGUAAAAGUGCAGGUGACGGCGCAGGGCAGCCAUGCUGACACUUUCGAGCAAGCUGAAGCGGGACGAGGGCGUGAAGGCGGGCCGGACCCCUGGAGGCUCGUCUGACUCCUCCCACAGGGUGUCCGUCCGGGACCGGCUGCUCGUCAAAGAAGUUGCAGAACUUGAAGCUAAUCUUCCCAGUACCUGUAAAGUGGCCUUCCCUGAUGUGAACAAGCUGCACCACUUUGAGCUGGAUGUGUGCCCAGAUGAAGGCUAUUACCAGAGUGGAAAAUUCCGGUUCGAAAUAGAUGUCCCUGAAGCCUACAACAUGGUGCCUCCCAAAGUGAAAUGCCUCACCAGGAUAUGGCAUCCAAACAUCGCAGAGACUGGAGAGAUCUGUCUAAGUUUACUGCGGGAGCAUUCUAUCGAUGGCACCGGCUGGGCCCCGACACGAACAUUAAAGGAUGUGGUCUGGGGACUGAAUUCCUUGUUUACUGACCUGCUGAAUUUCGACGACCCGCUGAACAUUGAUGCGGCAGAGCAUCACCUGCGUGACAAGGAGGAUUUCCGCAACAAAGUUCAGGAUUUCAUCAAGAGCUAUGCCAGAUGAUGACUGUGACACCCGUGCCGGCUGCCUGCUUCCCAUCUGCGACUGCGCAGCUGAGACCCCCAACCCCAGCCCCUCCAGCCCCCGUCCCACCCCAACUGCUCCUCCCACCGGUGCCCUGCUCUGCAAUCUCUCGGCACAACCAGGCUUGAAUGAGAAAUAAAUUUAAAAAAAAGAACAAAUGUAAAAAAAAAUCAAUCAAUAAAGAAACUGAGAAAAGAAGGCACAGCCCCUCUGCACGGUGCACGUUAGCGAUCCAGCUGCAGGGUGUGUGAGUUUAUUGCGUUUUCUCCGGAAGGGGACGAGGCCUGGCCUUUGGCCCAAACGCCAGUCAUCAGCUUAGGACCUGUGUUCAGCUACAUUCUGCAGUGCGAAUGUCUGUGCGUUUGCGUGUGCGUGCGUGUGUGUGCGUGCAUGAGGUGACAGGUGGGUGUAGCCACGCAGGCAGGCGCACUCGCAGCUCGUGAGACCAGCCGGUGGAACUGGUGACGAUCUGCUCUCUAUUUAAACCUUCUUUUUGUUC